AUGCGAGAAGUCGCGAAACCCGAGGCCGAGAGCGCGCCCGCGCCGCCGCCGCCCGCGGAGAAGCCGAAGAAAUCCAAGCGUGUGUCCAUCGAGACAGCGCGCGUUCCGGCGCCGGCGCCCAAGGCGGACCCGCCGGCGCCCAAGCGUGCGCCUGAGGCCCCGGCAGCGCAGCGCGCGCUCGCGGACCACUCCAACCUGAUGCCGCCACGCUGCACGUGCGGCCUGUGCCCGCCCGGCAGCUCCUCCGCCGCCGCGGCGUCUGCCAAGUCGGAGAAGCAACUGGCGUCGCGUCAAGAGGCCAUCCUCGCUCGCAUCGCCGCGGCGGAGGCCAGGCUUGGCAUGGCGCCGAUGGAGGCGGUGCCCCGAGCGCCGACGCCGAAGCUGCCCGCCGUGAUGCCGCCCGCGGCGUCCGCGGAGGCGCAGGCUGCGGCGGCUGCGGCCGCGGCGGACAUGGCUGUGGAGAUCCCGGCCUGCAACGUCACCGUCGAUAUGCCGCCGGACGGCGCAGGCGUCUACGAGAGGAUCGCCGCGGACCUGAAGCGGCGCGGCGUGACGAGCUUCGCGACGAACUGGGUGCCGAGCUACUACUACGAGAAGGACCUCGCGUGGCGGCAGCACUGCCUCGGCGCGCACACCCUGGGCCACCUGUGCAAGUCCAUCGUCAUCGAGAACACCAAGGCGCACCAGUCCGUCGACGGCAUCAAGGACCCGCUCGCGAGCAAGUACUACGUCGUCAUCGUGCAGUACGCCGCGCGCAUGAACGCGGACAAGCUCCGGAACUUCGUGUACGCCGAGCUGGGGCAGCGCAAGGUUGGCAAGAAGAACUUCAACAUGCGGCUGGCGCCCGAGGAGGUCUCCGCGGAGCUCACGGGGUACGUGAAGAACGGCGUCGUGCCCGUCGCGAUGCGGCAGCCCGUGCCGGUGAUCCUGUCGCACCGCAUCCUGGACCUCAGCCCGCGGUACUUUUGGAUGGGGGGCGGACACGUGGACUUCAAGCUGGCGGUCGACACGCAGCAGUUCGUGGACGCCUACAAGCCGUUCGUGACGGACUGCACGUACGACGACCUGGCCGCGGGCGAGGACCUUGACUGA